AUGAUCGACAGCUGUGAGAAGGUGGUCGUAGCAGUGACUGAUGAGGAAGGUGUUCCUGUUCUGAUAGACUAUCUUCUCAAACAAGCUACUAAAGGAAAUGUCCCUGCCAUUGUACUGCUUCAUACUUAUGUCGCUAAGAGUGGAGUUUCUCUUAACUAUCUCAUGACUGAUUUGCUUCCUGGUUUGUUGCACUUGUAUAUGUCUCCUAACGCUCAAAUUGUUGACCAUGCUAUUAACGCGGCCAUCGGUGUAGCUCAGGCUUUGGAUCAGAAAGAAAUGCAGGAAGCGAUCCCUGUUGUGAAGAAGGCUUUGAACUUUAUCGUCGCUCAGUCCAAGGGUAAACCGAUUCCUGGUUUCGCCCAUCCAAAGGCACUACAACCACUUCUACCAAUGCUGAGAGAAGCGAUAUUACAAGGAGGAGUUGAACUGAAGGCAUUGGCUGGAGAAGCUCUUGGUCAAAUGGUGUCUGUAUCUGAUGUAUCAGCUCUGAAAGCUCACGUAGUCAACAUUACCGGUCCACUAGUUCGAGUACUUGGAGAUCGUUAUCCAGCCAAUGUUAAGCUAGCGGUUCUUGAAACGCUAAGCAAACUUCUUGACAAGGUUGACACAUUGCUCCGGCCGUUCCUGCCUCAGCUGCAAUCGACGUUUCUUAAAGCGUUACAGGAUCCAUCAUCUCGUCCUGUGCGACUUGUUGCUGGAGGUGCUCUUGCACGCCUUCUGCGCAUUCAUUUGAAGCCAGAACCGCUUGUCACCGAAAUCCUGAAAAUGCUAGCUCAUUUCUCAGGACCAAGCACUCUUGUAAGGAAAGCUGUUCCAUAUUGA